GAACGGACGAAACUCUCCAUCUGUUUAAAUACCAUGUCAACUGCCGCACCUGUCAACAUCCGUUUAGCAGCUCCAGACGCAUCGCUUCCUUCGGAGUAUUCUACCACACCUCACGGAACUAUUUACAGCUCCACCCCUGGAGGUACUCGCGUUAUCUAUGAUCGCGAUACACUUUUAGCUCUUGCCAACAGCGAGCUUGCUCAGACGCCUCCCAGCAAAAUGGCAUUUGUGGCUGGUGUGACCCGCCCCAACGCGGAUCAUCCUGCGUUCCGCAAGACAGUUGAACAGAAAAAGAAGGAAGAAGCAAAGAAACAAACUUUCAAUCCUUUUGCUCUCCUCAACGACGACGACGAUGGCAUGUUUGAUAUGGACGAGUAAAUUAAAAAAAGACCAGUCGAUUACGACUCCAAAGCGUGCGUAUUCUGUCGAAUCAACUGCGCCCUACUCUCCUUUUUUUGUACAUGUUAUCUUGAAGAAAUAGUUGUUAUUCCGUGUCUGUCCACCUGCUUUGUCAUUCAACUCAUGAUCGUACCAAACUAGAUGGCUCUGGAAGCAACACGUCAAUCUGUAUACCUACUUUUAAUAUUGGCGAUAACGUGUCAUCUUUGCCAACGUAAGAGAAAUUCAAGUUGGAUGGAUUCCUGCCAUCUGCAUGGGUUUUAUAGUUUUUGCUGUUG